AUGCCUAUAGACACCUAUCGUCGGGACGUCUUCCUUAGUCCCCUAAACCGCUUCACGACGGCGCAGCUCUGCCGCCGUCUCCUCCACCGCCCUAGCCACGAUGUCGGCCUGCACGCUGCCGCGAGAGAGGCCGACCUCGAUCGGCUGAGAAAUCUUCUCGGGCAGUAUGUCGAGCUAGAUGGCGCCGGCGAGAAGGGACAAACUGCUCUUCACCUGGCUCUUCGCUCAGGGUUUCCCGAGGCAGUUUGGCUAGGCAGCCUUUAUGGCCUUCCUUCUAUCCUCCCCCGUUACCCGAUCAGGAUCCUGUUGGUCGACUUCGCAGCUAUGCUGCUGUUCUACGCUUUGUCCCUCGUCACCACAACCAAGGGCCCCUCCAUUGCAGAGGCGGCAACGUCAUUCAGAGGCAACUCGGAGUCUGCGGUUCUCAUGUUACUCGACUCAGGCUUCCGGCCGCAGCAUAAUGACAUGCUGUUACUGUGGAUUGAUGCUGUGCGGAAGGGACAUACCGGAGUGUGCAGCAGGAUGGCCAGGAUGGGCUGGGACGUGGAUAUUCCAUUUGCGGAUCCCGACUCCCCUGAGGAUCGGCAACUCGUAACCACGGCCCUUCUUUAUGCCUCCGCCGGAUCGCACAAAGACCUCGUGCUAUUUCUCCUCGGCGCCGGAGCAGACCCAACACUCCUCGACUCAUGGGGCAGGUCGUGUCUGUUGCUAGCCGCUAUGAGCAAGGAGGAUAACGAGCUAAACUCCGCAAUCCUAGAAGCCUUACUCAACACCGACGCCACCCGGUACCUUAACGUGGACCACCUUCCGGGCGGCCAUGGCUUGACGGCGUGGGCAUCCAGGCGGACAUGGGGCUGGCCGCUUGGUGUUGUAUGCGGAAAUAUGCGCGUCGAUGCUGUCAGGGCCCUUCUCGACGCAGGAGCUGAUCCUAACCUGCUGGCCGGGUUCGGGAUGACUGCGCUUCACGUUGCCUGCGACAACUAUCACAACAGCGACCAAGUAGCGGCCAUGGUCAAGAUGCUCCUGAAGCACAAAGCAGACGUCAAUACUGUCACUUCGAACUCAUGGACUGCCGUUGGCCGUGUUUGCAACGCUGGGAUCUCGCCUGGAGCUCUUAGCUUGCUGCUGGCAGCAGGUGCUCAGGUCGAGUUUGGGGCCGGCGAGAACACGCCGCUCCAGAUUGCCGCACGAUACGACGUCUCUGAUGGGCGGCUCGUAGAGCUACUGCUUCAACACGGGGCCAAUGCUAAUGCCAUGGGUGGUAAGUUCGGCACUGCGCUCCUGGCAGCGUUAGCUCGGCCGAAUUACGAGGGAAACGAGGAGUUGGUGCUCAAGGUGGUGUCCGAUCUCCUGGAAUGGAGAGCUGAUGUCAACGCAGCUCCCAAUGGAUGUGAUCCCCCAAUUACGCAGGCGGCCAGAAAAAACAUGACCCAAGUCGCAGAAUUACUGCUGAAGAAAGGCGCUGUUUUCCCCAUGGCCCUGGAGGUCGACGUUCGCGAUGGUGAUGGUGGUUCAACCUCCAAUCACAGCGUCCUCCACGUACCCAUCCUCGGCCGCCUCUUCCCCAACCAGGACGAUAUGUUUCGUCUUCUACUCAAGCAUGGGGCGUCCCCAAAUGGCUACACCGCUCUCGACGGUGAAGCCGACUGCCGCAAGACUAUCCUCGGCUACGCAUGCAGCUCCUCCAGAAAUGAGUACGUAACGACAGCACGCCUGCUCCUGGAGAGCGGGGCAGACCCGAACGCUCCCGAUGUACGGGGAAAGACACCAAUGCAGCAUGCAGCUCACGCUUUGAGCGUAGAGCAUGUGCGAAUGUUGUUGGACUACAAUGCCGGCCCACCAGCCCAGGAGGGCGUGCAUGGUGGAUCGCCGUGGUAUUCCCUGUGCAAGGAUGCCGUGGACGACAAGGCGUGCCUCUGUGGGAGGGACGAACCCUUCAAGUUUCUUGAGAUAUGCGAACUACUGAAGAGCAAGUGGGCUGUCGACCUGGCCUGGACCCGUGACGAAAGUGGCAAGAACUCUCUUCACUAUUUGGCCGGACUCGGCAACGAAACGUACCGGACAUCUCCCGCUGCCAAGCUGAUAGGCGCAUUCCUGAGCCGGUACGGCACGGGCGUCAGUCCCGAGGUCUUCCUCGACGAGGACGGCAACGGGCACACGGCACUGGAGAUUGCGUCCGCGACCGGAGACGAGACUGUGAUGACUGUACUAGUAGCGCACAUCUUCAAAAUGCAUCUCGAUGCCGCUAUGGAAGAGGGUGACGAGCACUAUCGAGACAUUAGAAACCCGGCCUCCUUUGUGUCUAGGAACUCGGACUUCAUGCGCAGACUCCUCGCCCAUGCCGACCAUGAGGGGCGAACAGCACUGCAUAUUGCGGCGUCUGAGGGCCGCAUCCACGCUUGUCGCUUCCUCGCCGUCAACCCAUACGCUCUCGAGGCGCCGCGACUCUCUAACUCGGGCCAGUCACCUGCAGACUGCGCGAAGGCGAACGGGCAUCACAGGGUCGCCGAGUACUUGUCGACGUUCAAGGGCGCCGAGACCACCGCUGACGACCUCGCGAAGCGAAAGACGAUUUUCGCGAUGGUGGCGCCGAGGCUGUGUGUCACGCGGGAGCUUGUGAACGAGGUUCUAGACAACUGUUCAGAGGACGGGAGCGGAGACGACCGGGAGUCUGAUUAUUAG